AUGACAUCUGCAAUGGCAUUUCUUUCAUGUAUAAAAUUAUGGUUUUCCAUUUUGGUGUCUAUUAUUACAAUAAUUGUUUUACAAAAUGUAUUACCAGCAUUAUCUAAUUUUAAUCAAAAUAUAUCUUCUUUAAGUACUUUUAUUAACAAUAGUCUUGGAUAUUGCUUAAUAUUAAUCCCUGGAUAUUGGCUUUACAAAUUUUCAAAAAAACAAGAUUUGGGAGACAACCGCUUAACAAGUAAAUUGUUAAAAACAUUGUUUGGAGAUAAGCAUGACUUAGAACCAGAACAACCUUUAUCGCCCAGUUACAAUGGACCAGCUAAUUUUAGAAAAGAUGUAAUAACCUUUGUAUACUGUUUUGGAGGCUUGCAAGUAUCUUAUUUAAUUUGGGGUGUAAUUCAAGAAAAAAUGAUGUCUGAGUCCUAUGGUAUAACUGAAGCAUCAAAGUUCCGUGAUUCUCAAAUGUUGGUGUUUUUGAAUAGAGGUUUAUCUACAGUUUUAUCUGGUAUAUUUUUAUUUAUGAACGAGGGCAUACGAUCCAAGAAAUCACCACCUUUAUAUAAAUACAGCUAUUGUACUGUGUCCAACAUUAUAAGUUCUUGGUGUCAAUAUGAGUCACUCAAAUAUGUCAGUUUUCCUACGCAGGUAUUAGCAAAAACUUGUAAAAUUAUACCAGUUAUGUUAAUGGGAAAAUUAAUGUCUGGUAAAAAGUACCAAUACUACGAGUAUGUCACAGCAAUAGGAAUUUGGAUUGGUAUGGCUAUUUUUCAAUUUUUUACAGAAAACAAACAUUCUGACAUCACAACUUGUGCGGCUGGAGUUAUCUUGCUUGUAGGAUACUUAGCAACAGACAGCUUCACAUCAACGUGGCAAGGGAAAAUGUUCACACAAUACCAAGUUACGUCAAUGCAAAUGGUGUUUGCUAAUUCAUUAUUAUCAUCACUUCUUACAACAAUACCACUGUAUCAAGUGGGCUCGUUCAAAAAAACAUAUGAAUUUAUUAAAGAGUAUCCAGCAUUUUUAACUGAUUGUAUAGUUUUGUCUGUAAGCUCUGCAUGUGGGCAACUAUUCAUAUAUAAAACUAUUUCUAAGUUUGGACCAAUCGUGUUGACUAUAAUAAUGACCAUAAGACAAGGUCUAUCAAUAGUAAUUUCCUGUAUAAGAUACCAUCACCCUAUUGGUAUAAUGGCUGCACUCGGAAUCGUUUUUGUUUUCGUUUCAGUAUUUGUACGUUGCUAUUGUCAUUUCCGUAUCAAAUCAAAAAAAGUUCCUAAUCAUACAACAUUUAAAGUAUAA